AUGACCUAUCAUAUUCUUUCAUUAUUCAUCUGUAAAUGUGAAAAAGCAAAUGUUAUAGUAACUAAACUGCUAUCGCUAAAAAACAUAAUAUCAUCGAUAUGCAAGUCGAUGUUUGUUUUUGAGCAUUAUUUUCUGUUUAUCGUCGACGUUGCCGUUCAUUCUGUCAUGGUUAUGACUGUAUCUGGAACAUUGCUUACCAAACCUCGAUUAUCACCAUACAACAAAAUCAAAUCUAAAUCAUAUCAUUUGCUAAAACGUCAUUAUCGUCAAACCAAUUUUGUAGCACCCCGUCGUUGUACACCGUCUGCUCAUUUUGAUAAUAUCAUCAUGUCCAAAGCAUUAAUACGCGAACUUGACCUAAAAAUGCAACAAGUGAAAGAAUAUGGUCUCAUUACUCAUGGAUAUCAUAAUGAAAAUAUUCAAUAUCCAGUUCAUGUCCGUCGUAGUCAUGAUGGUGAACGAAUACCACGUGCUUAUCCCAGAUUCGAUAAAUAUCCGAAAACGGAUCGCUUAACUAAUUCGACUAUUUUAACGUCUUCGUCACAUGAAAAUCAAACUUCACUUGCGAAAAAACGCAACUCAACGAAGAGACAACCUGUACCUACUGAUCAACAACAAAGAACAUUUCUCGUUCCACCAAACAAGACUGUUAAUGACAUUGAUCCAUCGUUAGAUCGAGAUCAUACAUAUACGACCAGUACAUCAUUAACCAGAUAUUACUAUCAUAGAAAAUCCUCCACAUCAUCUACAAACUCGUCUCCUAUUCUUUGUUCUCUACGGCCACAUUCGAUUGCUUGCCUGUCAACAACCGAAACGAUUACAACAGAUUCAUGUGAAAGUACGAAAACAGAUGAACAAGCAAGUCAUCUUUUGUCGAAUUCAUCUCAAUCGUUAAUCAAUCAAUCCACAUCUCGGACGCCUAUAAGAUCAAUAACACAAAAGUUCUUUUCCAAACUCUUCCAUAAUCCAUCAAAAUCCUGA